CUAAUCACGGAAAAUGUUGUGUGUGGACACGGGGUCAGUCUCUGGCUGGGAGCUAGGAGCAGCUGAAGCACAGAUCCCAUAAUGUGCAGUAGACUGUGUAGUCUACGUGAUAGUCUCAAUGUUCAGACACUCUCUCUCACAAAGACUGGCAAGGGUUUGUGCCUGCAAACUAGAUGAUGGCCAAGACUCAAGAGAGAAGGAAUACAUUUAAACUUUAUAGCUGGAAGCAUGCAUGGUCACCUGUCGUGAUGGUUGUCUCUGAAAACCGCAUCAUGAACAUAGAAGUUUGUUCACAUUUAGAUGAGAAAGCAUAUUACAGGCAGGCUAUUUUCUUGAAGCUAUUCUAAAGGAUUGUUCGGAUAUGCUGCGGUGAACCCUCCAAAAUUGCAGUGUUGUUUUUUUUUACUAAGUGUUUAAAUGAAUGGCAACUAUGCACAGCAAAUGACCUAAAUGCAUUCACUGAGAAAAUGUAAAAUAUAUUUUACUUACAUCAUCAUUAAAAAAAACUAUGGCUGUUAAUUUACCACGUCAUGUCUGAACGCGACUUACUUUUGGCGGAAUUCUAUGUUGCAAUGUCUAUGUGCAUACAAAUAGAUUUACCUUCAUUUAGAGUGAUAAACUUCCCAAAGCCCUUCACAGAGUUAAUAUAUGAAGAGCCAUUUUGUAAAUUAUACUAAAGGAGCAUUGAAUCCCAACAUACAGAGCAGAAUAAAACAAAAAUUAAAAAUAAUUGGUCCCCUUUCACAAGUAAUAUUAGAGAUAUAUUGUUGUACAAAUAAAACUAAAUGUCUGGACCUGUUUCUUGUUGACAGAGGAUUACAUUACACAUUGUGCAUAAUGAGGAAGACUAUAUAUUAAAGAGUGCAAAUGAACAGUUGUCAUUAUAAUCAUGACAUAUAUAUGCAGGAAAGUUAACCAGUCAGUGGUGCUAAUCAUGCUGCAUUUUCUUUCUUUGGUUGUAUCAUAUCAGAUUAAAGGGAAAAAGAUAAUAAAUUAUUUUGGAAGAAAAGAAAAGAAAAUUAUGAAUAAAAAAUCAUCAAUCAAGCAUUUACCACAAACACCCAAGUCUCCAGUAUUAAAGAACAUGUGAAACAACCAAAGGGAAUCUUUGCAUGUGACUAUGACACAAUUCUGUUAGUUGGGUUCGUGCUUGAUGUUUGCCGCAUUUACAAGUUCAAUAUGUUUUCAUUUGUCGCUCUAUAUUUGCUUGACACUCCUCUGGUUUCAAAACCGUGCUUUUGAGGACAAAAUGCAUGCGAUAUCACACCUUUGUGUCACUUUACAAAACUGAAAAGUGUGAGAAGCCAUCAUGGGGGUUGGAAAGGUGUGUGAUGUGAUGUGCUCUGGUCCUAUUCAGGGUAAUCAAAACAACAACCUGUCAAUGUCAACUAUGUAGAAGUCCAGGGUAGAGAGAUGGAGAGAGAGAGACAGACCUUGCAAGCCAACACAUACUGUAUACAAAUUUUAUACGAAGUACAAUACAUACUUUGAAUACCAAUUGAAAUUGACCGUAAAGAAUGAAAUGAAAAGAAAAGGGGACAUAAAAGCAGAACUGCAACUGUGCCACAAUUGAAGUGAGAAGUUUGACAAUGAUGAAAGCAAGUUUAUGAGAUUCCAAUCAUAUUUUAGAGAAAAGAAACAAGCAAUAACGUAAAUAAACAAACUGAUCGACAAAGAGUGCUUGGAUACGGAGGUGUAAACAAAUAUAUAAAAUUCUGCAGGUCCAUGCAAUAACAAUUAUUCAAACUUCUUUAAUGGGUUCAUAAAACAAGUAUUGUGACAAAAUGAUGCAAGAAAUUAGACUCUUAGAAUAGAAAUAUGUAGGGAGUCCAGCCACCAUUGAUACAAAUGGCAUCAUAACUUACAAGGAUAAGAAUAUAUUGUGUAUUUUGUGUGAAAAAUAAGUAGAUGUAUCAUGUUCUAUAGAAUUUCAGUUUGUUUUAUCAGGGAGUUGGACAUCUUCUGGAUAGUGGUGUCAAUACAAAUCUUGUGUGAAAGCUACAUGUACAUAUUUUUGUGAAAACAAAAAUGACACCAAUAACACUCUCAGAUAAUAAUGAGUUUGCAACUUCAAGGAGUAACAACUUCAUAUAAUGUAGCAAGGAAGCCUUUCUGUGAACAACUGUAGACUGAUGAAAUGUCCUAAUAAUCACAUAGCAUCCCUAUAAAAAAAAACUUGUUGGAUGAAGGAAUUUUAUUUUCCAAUCUUGUAUACGUCUAGUACAUAUACGGCUCAUUGAUAAUGUGACAUACUAUACCAAUAUGCCAAUCAAGUCUAGCUCACCAUUUUGUUAUAAAUAUUAAAACUACCAUUCACUUUUUUGGUUGUGAUAAAUCUUCUCUGAAGCCGUGUUCUCCACGUAGGAAUACAAUCCUCGGACCCAGAGUGAAUUCAACAAAAAUAACAAACCCCACUGCGGUUGAACCCUGAAAUAUUGAUAUUUUUGACAGCUACAAAUUUGUUACACCCCAUUGGCCAUGGGGCAUUGUCCCCGCUGAAAAGCACCUACCUAUAUUUUUGAGCUUCCCACCUGGGGCAAUUACCACGUGCCCCUAUUGUUUACCUUGUGAGCAAAGGUUAGGCAACGCUGAGAUGACGGCCAUACAACUGCGACCGACCAUCUAAUUGCUUGUUCAUUUGCUACCUGAAGGGCUGUCAGUAAGGUACAAUCUGUCCAUAACAUGUCAGCUAGGACAAGUUUUCUUCAGCCAUGUACGUGAUUUAAAAACGUACAUUCAGUUUGGAUUAUUUUACUAUACACUUGCAAGCUUUUGACGCUGGGUUGGGAUUCUGGGAGUCGAUCGAGAAGGAGAGAGACACUUUGGCUCAGAGGACAUGCCGUUCAAGCUGAUGCGCCACUCCAAGUUUCGGCAUGUCUAUGGCAAGCCGUACCGCAGGGAGAGGUGCUACGAUGGAAUCAACAUCAGCAGGAAUGCCCAUGACAAUAACUUCUGCACCGUCAACCCCCUCUUCGUGGCCAUCGUUACAGAGUCUGCUGGCGGAGGAACAUUCGUUGUUCUUCCUCUUGAUCAUAUUGGUCGCAUUUCAGCUAGCUUCAGCAAGAUAUGUGGUCACACAGGAAAUGUAAUGGACAUCAAAUGGGAUCCCUUCGAUGAUCAUAACAUUGCAUCGGCAGCUGAAGAUGGGAAGGUUCGAGUUUGGCAGAUUCCUGAUGGAGGUUUGACCGAGAACAUGGAGAACCCCAAGAUAACGCUCAAUGGUCACCUGAGACGAUGCAGUGCCAUCGAGUGGCACCCCACCGCCAAAAACAUCCUUGCAAGUGCAGGGUAUGAUAAACAGCUCUUGAUCUGGAAUGUUGGUACUGGUGAGAUUGCUGUAAAGAUAGACUGUCACCGUGAUAUCAUGUUCAGCUUAUCUUUCAACUGGGAUGGCAGCAGACUAGCUACAACCUGUAAAGACAAGCUCAUCAGGAUCAUUGACCCCAGGAAUGGUGAUGUUAUGCAGGAGGGCAAAGGUCAUAAUGGGAACAAAAGUUCAAAGUGCAUAUAUGCUGGUGACACAGGGCGGCUGAUCUCAGUAGGUCACAAUCGCAACUCUGGUAGAGAAGUCUUUCUGUGGGACCAGGAUAAUCUCAGUAGCCCAGUCGCCAAAACAGAACUCAAUCCUGGAACAGGUGUUCUCUUUCCAUACUAUGACUCGGAUAGCAAUGUCCUGUACGUUGCAGGCAAGGGUGACUCCAGCAUCUGGUAUUAUGAGAUCCUAUCAGAGAAGCCGUACCUGUUCUACCUGAGCCAGUUCAUGUCAUCAGGACCGCAGCGAGGCCUGGGCUUCAUGCCCAAGAGGGGGGUAGACAUGAAGAUAAAUGAGGUGGUCAGGUUCUACAAGGUCCAUGCCAGCAAAAAUCUAUGUGAACCAAUCUCAAUGAUCGUACCGAGGAAGGGAGAUGCAUUCCAGUCUGAUUUGUACCCAGACACUGCUAGUGAUCAGCCUGCCCUUACAGCCGAGCAGUGGCUGUCAGGUAUCGAUGCCCCACCCCACCUCAUGUCACUUGGAGGAGUACCCCGUGCCAUCAGUGCUUUCCCUCCAGCUCCAACCCCGGCCAAGGUUCCCCUCAGACAAUCCAGGAACAGUGACAGCAUCUCCAAAUCAUCCUCAUCAUCGUCCACCUCUAUGUCGACAUCAUCGGCUUCGAUGUCAUUGCCAUCCACAUCGUCCACCAUGAUGGGUAACAAGCCAACCGCCAUCGUCACCGGCGUCAACAAAUCAGAGAGGGACAUUCAGCCCAUUAAUAUAUCACUGACUGAUAGUGCCGCACCGGCUUUCGAGAAAGAGAAUGUGAAUGUCAAUAUUAAGAGGGAAGAUUCAGAAACAAACUCUAUCAAGGAGAAGUCAGAGCGAGAGCUUCUUGAAAAGGACACUGUGAACAGUGCUGGAGGAGAGCAAGAGAAACCUGAGGCCAGAUCAUCAUCAUUGACGUCCUCCCCAGCAAGGUCUUCAAUAUUUGCACAGUGGAAGACGCGAGAGGCAGAGAGUAAAAAUGGUGGAUCCUCGUCAAGUUCCUAUUCAAGGGCCGAAAGCAGAAAGUUGCGGGACCAUCCAUUUAAAGAUCAGUUUGAGUCUCGCAGUCGAUCCUCCAGUGGUGAAAUUGAAAUUGCACCUCAGCAGCAUUCCAGGGAAGAUUCUGGGUCUUCCAGCUUCAGGACGCCGCUGUCCUCCACGUCGGACGACUUUGAGGUGGAACGAUCGCUGAAUCUGGAAGGUAGGGAGGUGAUACGAAUCAACAUGAGCCCCACCCGUCAACCCAGCUCGACCUCCGGGAGUCCCCGGCGAGCACCCGGUGUCUCCGACUCCUCCACUAGACGUCAGAUGAGUGUCUCUGUAGAACCCUCCAGGGCACCUAGCCUUACAGACACCAACAGACGCAGUGUGAGUGUGUCAGAGGAGAGACCGUACUCGCCUAUGGCUAGCACCAUCGCUAGUCGGUUCAGUAUCGGAAGCAACGGGUCAGAGAGAAGGAACAUGGAUGAUGAACCUCUGCUCAUGUCUAAAGACAUGGGUAUGGAUCAGGACUCGGAAUCGAGUGAAAGACGGGAUGAAAUAUCUGAAGAAGUGUUCACCCCAAUUCGGUCCCCUUCAAUCCAAAACCUACGUAAGGCUUACCUCAGACAACAGGAAGAAAUCAAGCAAUUGAAAUCAAAGAUACUUCUCAAGGAUCAGAGGAUACGACAACUAGAGAGGGAGCUAGAGCAAGCCUCAAAUGAAUCAACAGCAUAGACGAAUCAGACUGCCAAGAUGCGCUGCUCAGCAAGGCCCAACACAGAUAUUUUAGUUUUACAUCUUUCCUUUGGGACUUGAGGUGCUGCAGGCCAUUUCCAUUUAACUCCGAUAAACUGUUUAAUGAAUACAGGAAUUAGUUGAUGCUUACUUGUAUAACUUCAUGAAUGCAUUGGUAAAAUGGAUGGGAUUACCUUUGCUUUGUUAAACAUUGUGUUUGCCUGUGGCCUUGCUAUGUGUGAAGAACUGUAUCCAAAGUGUUCAGGAUGUGUGUCUAACAGUAGGAUCUUCUGCCACAUGAAGAUAUUAAAAGAUUGCUCCAGAAGAGACAUGGGGCUCACAAUUCCUCUUUGUAGAGAAAAAAAAGUUUUCAUUCAGAUCUAUUUCUGCUCCAGCAUCAUUAGCUAACAUUUGGCAAAGAAUCCUUUUGCUUACUCUUUACACAGCAUUGUAUGUGUAAUUGAUUUGUUUAAAAAUAUCAAAAAUGUGAAUGAGCAAUUUAUUACUUUUUAGUGGCGGUUAAAACAAUCCAUGGUUUACCAUUUACCAUUCCAGGCAAACAAUAUUUUUUAAAGGUAUUUUUAAUAUAUAUGUACCUUUGUUAAGUUGAUUCUAAAAUAGGAAUGUAAGUGUGACAGCACCCCCCCCCCCCCCUCUAUUAAGAAGGCAAAAACAUUUUUGAAAAGGGGAGGAAACUAUUAAUAUUGUCAAAAAGGUCAUCUUAAAUUGGCUAGUUUUCUUGGUUCUAUAAUCUUGUCAAUGGUCGUGCAAAAGUAAAAUCUAUUAAAUGUAUGCAAUAUAUUUCCUAUUUACAUUCUCUUGUUCAUUACAGGAAAUAUUUCCAAUUCCAAUUCAUUCUCUAUGACCAAAGAUAUAUGUAGCCCCAUCCAAAUUCAUAACUCUAGAAUUUAUAUUGAUAUUACUGAGAUAUUAUUUGUAAUUUUUCACUUUUACAUUAUCAAAGAAAAUGACAUCUAAAUAUGUGGUUUUGUACAUGAGGUACAUUUAGAAUAUUUUAAUUAUAUUUCUUUUGCAUGAUGUGUGCACCAAAAGGGUUUCUCUUUUUCUUGAAAUUGAAAUUCCCUCCCAUUUUUCAUGCAGGUAUUGCAAGUUUAAAUGCUAUGAUAGCAUUGUUGCUCUAUUUUGUUACUCAAAUUUUCUUCAUUACAUUUCAAAUAUGACAAUGUAUAUGACAAUUUUGUGGGAAAAAGUUGUGAAAUCUUGUACUUAUAUUUGUUUGAUGUUCCUCAGCUAUUGACUAUCAUGUGGCUACCUUUGUCUGUGUCUACAUUCAAAGUUUGAAUUGAUCAAUCAGAUCAAUUACAUUUGUUUUUAUCACUUUUAAAAAUAUGCAACAAAAAACACAAUACCUCACAUCAGCAUCAGCAAGGUUUAAUUUGAGUUUUUGUUUUAAUGAUGAUUUGAAGAUACCGAGAUUACUUUGACAAAAUAACUGCAAUGUGGAUAACGCAAUGUGAGCUUGUGAUGCACAUGGACAUGCAUUGGGCAUUAUGAACAUAAAUGAUUACAGAGAGUGGUAUAGAACAAUGGAAAAGGGACAGUGAAAAAAUACACUGGGGCUCAGGGCGAAUUAGCCCCUGAAAGUCAUAAAAGAGCCCCCAAAAAUGUGCAAAAGAACUUAAAGAGUGUUAUUUUCAUGCAAGCAAGCUUGAAAAGUAGCCCCAAAAUUGUUUAAGUAUUUUUUUCCCUGAAAAGGGAUUGUAGAUGUAAUAUGUGGGGGAAAUGUGAAAGAAAGCUUAAAUUAUGGAUAGAUUUGCUUGAUGUUUAAUGCUGGAUGUACAUCUCAGAAUACAGUUUAAUUAUUUGAUGCAAACACAGGUCAUAGCCUACAGAGUGCCAGGUUAUAGUAUAUCUAUCAUAAAGAGAGUGGUGAGGUUAAACAGUGCCAAAGAAUGAUUUGCCAUGAUGCUAUUAUGAUUUUAAAACAGCAAUUAACUUUGAAGAGUAAAUAAUGAAUAUUACAAAAUAGAUAUUUAGAAAUUACUAGUUUUAGUUGCAAUGUAGUGUGGAUUUUGAAAACUGUCUUAUUGAAAUUGGUUUUAUGUGGAUUUUUAACAAUGAGCUUUUGAUAUGUAUGUAUAUAUGUAUGCUUAACAGUAUAUGAUAUGUUUGAUGAAUUUGUUUUGUGCAUGUAUAUAUUUGAUAAGCUGAAACAAAUAUCAGUUUUAUUUAACUUUUUUGAAAACUUAUUUUUAGUGAGCCUUGAGGGGUUGUAAUACUAGUAUCACUUUUUAAUAAACCCUGUAGCUUAUGAUAAUGUAUGGUCGCAUCACAAAACCUGUCUUUAUCAACAAGACCAAAGAGAGUGUCUUUCGUAGAAUUACUAGAAAGUCUCCAUUUCUAUCAUAUCUGCUAAUACAAUGUAAUAAAUAAUUACAGUUUCCUCCGAAGGUCGCAAUAAUUCUUUCAAAUCCAAAUCAUGUCAGUUUUCAGUAUGUGUUUUUAUGUCCUUAUAAAUGUAUAGAAAUAGAACAAUUAUUUCUACUCUUCAAUUUUUUGCUAACUUGUCUUUUACCUUUUCAUGACUAAUUAGCUGUUUAAUAUUGGUAAUGAUACCAAAUUGAUAAACUCUUUAUUUUACAAGUCAUUCCAAUGGUGUUACAAAUGUUUGAUAUUUAAGUUAUGAAUAGUAUAUUCCAUUUUUGAAGCCAAACAUAGAGUGGUGUGAUAACUUGUGUUUUCUAUUCCUAGGAACAUCUCUUUUGGAAAGUAUCACGUUUUCAGUUUCUGCUGAAUUGCAUUCCUCACCCACGAGAAAACUUGGUGAUGCCGUCUUUAUUCGUGUUAUAUCGUGUCAUUUUAGUUUCAUGGGCUUUUGUUCUUCUGUGUGUGGUGGUAUCUUGAAUGUACAUUUAUGAUGUCAGAAUUAUAAAAUAUAUGUGGUUAUGCAAUAUUGUAAUAUGUAAGUCAAAUAUGUAUACUGUAGUCUAUAUGUUUAUAUCUACAUGCAUAUUGUAAAAGAAGUUUGUUUUAUGCGCUAGUUCAGUGGUGAUAUUAAAAAUACUUAAACCACCAAACAUCACUUAUAGAAGGUUUCAUGUAGUUCGUUGAGAAUAGUGUCCUCAGCUUAUCAUGUCUAAAUUGCCAAUGUUUUUUAAAGAUGAUUAUUUAAUCCACAAAUACAUAUGUUCAAUAUUAAGAUUACAAGUAAGGCAAUAACAUUGUUUUCUCCGUUUCUGUGUAAAAGUAGAUUUUAUCGCCAUGCAGUCAUGAAUGGGGAGCAUUAUUUCGUCUUAUUAUCACAAGUUCUUAUGACUUUAAUUUUUUGUAUUAUUAUUUUUUUCUUAUUCUUAUUAUUUGUAAAAUCUAAAGUUCUCUUUUUCAACCAUAUUAUUGCUUGGUAGAUAACCCUUCUUUUUUGUAUUUAACAAACUAAGGUAAUACUGUGAUGUUUUAAAUGAAUGGAACAAUUUUUAAGUACUUUCCUUCACAUUUAUGUUCAACAUAUCUUCUGUUUGGAGCCAGAAGAGCAUUAACUCAUAUACUUAUACAGAGCCCUAAUGCCCUUCUUGCUUUGAGCAGACCACUAUUAUGGGGUAGAAAAAUAGUGCCUUUUUGUUUUGUCGACACCAAUUCCAAGCUGUAUAAGUUCUCAAUGGUCUAUAUGACAACAUAUGUAUAUUAAGAAUCAAGUAAUCUGUGCAUAUAUUGUAAUUUAAUGUUUCAAUUUAUGGACUUCAUUUGUGUAUGGUGCAGCAUGUUGUAUAGUGCAUUUGUUGAAAAAAGAAUGUAAUUUGAAAUUUAGCACCAUGUGCAAAUGGAAAGAAAUAAAAAUAGACAAGAAAUUAUUGCAA